AGAGUCUCGCUCUUUAGCACAGCUUCCUCACCGGUGGAGGAAUCAAGGAUCUCCUCGGCAUCUGAAAGCACAGUCUGGGGCAAAGAUGGCUGCCAUCAGGAAGAAGUUGGUGAUAGUUGGGGACGGUGCUUGUGGGAAGACCUGUCUUCUUAUCGUCUUCAGUAAGGACCAGUUCCCAGAAGUCUAUGUCCCCACUGUGUUUGAGAACUACAUCGCUGACAUUGAGGUUGAUGGCAAACAGGUGGAGUUAGCGUUGUGGGAUACAGCAGGUCAAGAAGACUACGACCGACUUAGACCGCUCUCCUACCCCGACACAGACGUUAUCCUCAUGUGCUUCUCCAUAGACAGCCCUGAUAGUUUGGAGAACAUUCCCGAGAAAUGGACACCUGAAGUGAAACAUUUUUGUCCCAACGUACCGAUCAUUCUUGUGGGCAACAAGAAGGACCUCAGGAAUGACGAACAUACACGCAGGGAGCUGGCCAAGAUGAAACAAGAGCCAGUAAAGUCUGAAGAGGGCAGAGACAUGGCCAACCGCAUCAGUGCCUUUGGCUACCUGGAAUGCUCCGCCAAGACCAAGGAUGGCGUGCGGGAGGUGUUUGAAAUGGCCACCAGAGCGGCACUGCAGGUACGCAAGCGCAAAAAGAGGAGCGGCUGCCAGCUACUGUGAAGAGGUGGAUUUUGUUGGCAAAUUAGCACCUGAGGGAGCACUUUCCAGCACAUGCAGAACAAAGUUAGAGAAACCUAAAAUCAGUGGCUUCCAUGGACUAUACUUAUUUCACAGAUAUGCCACAGGCAAAUAUGAAAGACUGACACACCUGUUAAAAAGCAAAAACAAAUCAGCUUUUUUUUUUUAGAAAAACACUUAUUUCUUCUGCCUCUUACACUGUCAGUUAUUGUUUAUUUUCCUCCACCAGGACCUAUCCUCCCUGUCUGUGUGAAUGAAUGUAUAUUUGUAUUUAAAUGUGCAUAUACUUUACAAACACGUCGCGCAUCUGUCUGUGUUGUGAUUGUUUACAGGCAGUAGAUUUGCUUUAAACGUCUGUAAUUCUUGCUUCUCUUUAACCUGCAUAUACCACUCCAUCGUUUUACACAUUGCCAUCUGUCAUUUAUUUAUCAUACCUGUAAUAAUUUUACCCUCUGGAAGCCGUACGUCACAAAGUGCUGUCAGCACAGCUCCGUUUUCAUACACUUCUAACACGAAGGACUAAAUUUAGAGCUUGUUUACAACAGCAUUAAUCCACUGACCCUGACAUAAACCAAAUCAGCAGCAGCAGCAGAUGUUUUUGUGGAGAGGUGUUAAACUGCACCAAUGUCUGCCUCUCUACCAUGGCGAUGGCUUAAACUGGCACUGCAGACAGUGGUUCUAUUGUCAUGGACACAGUACCAGCGGUCACACUGGCUCUGACAGACGUGACCAACGCCUUCCCCCAAAUAAGCUCUGCCUUAUGUCUCAAGUCUGCUGUUUCAGAUCCAGUGUACAGUCAUGAUGUAUCAGUGCACUGGAUUAACUGUGGACUACUGCACAUUAUACACAGCGUUAUUAUCAGGACAACUCGAUUUAUAAGUCAAUUCUCUGUGUAAAAGUUUUAACCUCCCCAACUAGUUCCUGUUGGCUUUGUUGGUGUGUAAUAGCCCUUUACUUGACACUAAAUGAAUAUUCCUCAUACAAGGAUAUCUAGUUGUGUAGGAUCCUGUCAAAGUUGUUCUCUUGUGUUGCCCUUGGAGAUCUUUGAAAUGAUUGUAACCACACAUGUCUUUGGCCUCAAAGCUCAAAUGUUGAAUCAUAGUUUGACCUUUUUUCAAGAGGAAUCUGCAACAGCACUGGGAUGAAAGCCUGAGCAAGACCAGCUCACUACUGGACACAGUAUGUCAGGUUAUUGUUACUGUAUAUUCUAUAUCUUACCCUGUCCAGGUAACACACUGUACACACUAUUGAGAUGUGACUUCCUAUGUUGAUCUUCCCACCAUGAGCUACAACGAUGGCGUAGCUUUCUGUUGUCCAGUACUUUCAGUCCUGUGGGAUCAGAAUGUUGUAAGCUCAGGCCUAGUCCUGGACAGUGUCUCCCAUCUAACAGCAAAGUUCAAGAGAAAAUGUUGAUUGUGAUACGGCUUUACUAACAGGAGAGGGAUGUGUGUAAUGUCUGGAUUAAUAAAGUAUUUUUGAAAUACUA